AAAGGCGAAUCACAAUUCAGGCGAGAAGAAUACUCAGUCGGACUAAAUAUCCGUUUUGUAACUUCCGUUUWCAGCUGAGCCAGCCGUGGAUUGCAACAUUCCUGUAAAGCCAGCUACAGAAACUGAAAGAUGCCGAAAAAGAAGACUGGUGCACGCAAGAAGGCAGAGAACCGCAAGGAACGGGAGAAACAGACUCGAGCCAACAAGGGCUUUGUUGACGUUGCAAAGUCCCCUUGCAAUUCAGCAAUGGAAUGUGACAAAUGCCAGAGACGGCAGAAGAACAGAGCUUUCUGCUACUUCUGUGCAAACGUUCAGAAGCUGCCCCAGUGUGGUCAAUGUGGCAAAACCAAAUGCAUGAAGUCAUCAGACUGUGUCAUCAAGCACCCAGGGAUCCACGCUACGGGAAUGGGCAUGGUGGGGGCAGUGUGUGACUUCUGUGAGGCCUGGGUGUGCCACGGGAGAAAGUGCCUCAGUACCCACGCUUGCACAUGUCCUCUCAUGGAUGCCGACUGUAUCGAGUGUGAACGCUGUGUAUGGGACCAUGGGGGAAGGGUAUACCGUUGCUCCUUCUGCCACAACUUCCUGUGUGARGAUGACCAGUUUGAGCACCAAGCCAGUUGCCAAGUCCUGGAGGCGGAGACUUACAAAUGUGCUUCCUGCAACAGAUUAGGGCAACACUCUUGCCUGCGUUGCAAGGCCUGUUUCUGUGAUGACCAUGUGAAGAGUAAGGUGUUCAAACAGGACAAGGGUAAAAAUCCUCCCUGCCCCAAGUGUGGCCAUGAGACCCAGGAGACUAAGGACCUCAGCAUGUCCAUCAUCAAUUCCAAAGGGGCUGGAAUCUCACCAGAGAAAUCAUCAGAGCGAGGGAAACAGCACCCCUCUGUCUCAGUAUGUGUAGCCCAUGUAUCUGAUGCUGUCUGGACCAAAACAGUGUGACAUGUUGCCAGCGUAGCAUUUGAUUGAUUGAUUGAUGCUAGCAAGCUUUUGGCCUCCCUUGAUGAUUACAUUUUUUUUUGUAAUUAGCAUUUGCUGAGCUCAACUGUUGAUUGUCCUGGUGCAGCAAAAUGCCCUCCAAGGAGGCCAGUUUGGAUUUGGCUUCAUACCAAUCAAAUCACUUUCUAAGAAAAACAUAAUUUU